AUUCUCUUUGCUUUUCUUUGUUUAUACGCUCCUUUGUUUUUCCAAAUCUUUGCAUAUUGUGCCCCCUUGUUUCUUUCCAUGUGUUUUUGCUAAUUUCUUGUAGCAUUUCCGAAAUUCUAUCUCGGGUUAAUCGAUGGAUAUCGCGUUGUGUCACUGAAUUUUAAUUUAGUAAAUUUUCUUGGAAAUUUUGAAGAAUUGAGCAUGAUUCUGUGAUCUACAACUAGUUGAAGAUUUGCGAAUUGGGUCUUUGAGUUUGUUUCCUGAUUAUCCUUUGCAUUGUUGUCUGAUAUCUUAGGGAAUUCGUAGCUUGAAGUGCGUAAUUCGCCAUUUGGCUCACUUGUGAAGCUUAUGUUUUAGCAUAUUUUAAUAGGUCAGAGGAUUUGAGUGUAAAGUUGAAGUUGUUUGCUUUAAAGGGAUUCGCAGAAACACUUGAUUUAUGACUUGGAAGUGGAUAUGGCAGCUGGUAUGGAUUUUUCAUCUCCGUUUACUGUAUUAGAAGGGAGUUAUAGUAAGGACAAUGUAUCAUCUAUGGGAAAUCCGAACUCCGAGAAUUUAGAUAAUCUGAAGCAAACUGCUAAUGGGAAACCUCCAUUGAACCUCUCCGUUAUGCAGCAUAGUAUGAGUACUAUGAGGAUGAUGGAUGCCGCUGAUCUGGCAAUGGAUGUGGGUGUUGUUGUCGACAAGACACCUUCUGAUGAAAAAUCAAAUUUUCUACCAGUGUUCCGAUCAGGGAGCUGUGCUGAAGGAGGGCCUAAACAGUAUAUGGAGGAUGAACAUGUCUGCAUAGAUGAUCUUAUUGAACAUUUAGGUGCAAUAUCCAACCUCCCAACUCCUGGGGCCUUCUAUGGGGUAUUUGAUGGGCAUGGAGGUACUGAUGCAGCAUCUUUUGUUAGAAAUAACAUUCUCAGGUUCAUUACUGAGGAUUCUCAUUUUCCAAUUUGCAUGGAAAAGGCAAUCACGAGUGCUUUUGUGAAAGCUGAUUAUGCAUUUGCAGAUGAUAGUGAACUUGAUAUCUCCUCUGGCACCACUGCACUAACUGCCCUUUUCUUUGGAAGGACCUUGAUAAUUGCCAAUGCUGGAGAUUGUCGAGCAGUACUGGGGAGGCGAGGAAGAGCAAUUGAGAUGUCCAAAGACCACAAACCUAAUUGCACAUCUGAAAGACUGAGAAUUGAGAAACUUGGUGGAGUGAUAUAUGAUGGCUACCUUAAUGGCCAAUUAUCUGUUGCGCGUGCCCUGGGAGACUGGCACAUGAAGGGGCCCAAGGGUUCUGCAUGCCCUUUAAGUGCAGAGCCAGAAUUGCAGGAGACAAAUCUAACUGAGGAGGAUGAGUUUUUGAUCCUGGGUUGUGAUGGCCUAUGGGAUGUGAUGAGCAGCCAGUGUGCAGUGACAAUUGCAAGGAAGGAACUAAUGCUCCAUAAUGACGCUGAAAGAUGCUCAAGAGAGUUGGUCAGGGAGGCUCUAAAGCGCAACACAUGUGAUAAUGUAACAGUUAUAGUGAUUUGUUUCACACCAGACCCACCACCUCGAAUAGAGAUCCCACAAUUUCGAGUUCGAAGAAGCAUAUCAACAGAAGCUCUGAAUUUGCUCAAGGGUAUGCUGAACAGCAACUCAUGAAACGAUGGGAUGAUCUAGAGACGUGUGUACAAAUGUAGUUCCUGGUCUAGAAUUGGUAUGUACAAUUUUUCUUCUCUCCUAGGCUGAUGUCCUUUUUCAGGAAAUAAACAUAGCAUAGAAUGUGAUUCUUUUUAGUUUCAAAACCCUGUACAUCUGAGGUCAUUUAUGUUGUACCAUUUCAAUGAGAAAUCUCUCAUUUUUCGUUUAUCCUUUGUACAUAAUUUCAAGAAAAGAAAACUGAGAGGGUAUGCUCUUCCAUUGCUCAUUAGUUGGUUGUUCUUUGCUAUUUGUCUUUCAUUGAAAUAAAUUGAUUACAGCAAUAAUAGUUUUUAUGUUA